GCGCGGGCUCGGCCGGCAGACGUGCUCCCUCCAGCCGCGCAGCGCGUGCUGGCCCGGGCCGGGGGCGGGGGCGGAAGGGUUCGCGGCCUGGGGUCGGCCGGGCAAGCCGGAGUCCCAGCGAGUGCGCGAAUCUUGUGGAGGUCCGCGGACACCGAGGGCAUCGCGGGUGACUGACCUGCACUUUCCGUCGUGACUCCUUGAACAAAGGAUGUGUAACGAAGAGGCGGAGAGCGCUCCGAAGGGGGCAGGCGGACUGGGGGUUCGGAGCUCUUCCGAGCCGGGAACGCGCCCCUGGGAGUCGCGUCCUUCUAGAGCUGGGUUCGUCCGGCCGCUCACCUGCUCGUGAGGCGCGGCCCCUCCCAGCACCCCUUCCUACCUCCCGCGGCCUCCCAACUGCCGCUGCCUCGGUUCCCGGCGCUUACAACCGCAUCCUGCCCCAGGGUCUGCGAGUGUGACCGCGGCCCUUCCUGUGCGUCCUUCCUCGCACAGCGCGCCUCCGACAUCCAGGUUGUGCCGCACCUCCAACCCUUCCAGGGUUCGGCACACCCAGGCUCCGCCCUUUGUCCUUAGCCCGAGACCUUGGAGACCCCCGGGGGGAAACGAUUGUUAGGUCGCUCCCCAGGGACCCCUGGCUCCUGAGAAGAAAACUUGGGUUGGCCAUGUCACAGAAUGGAUACCUUGAGGAUUCCAGUGAGUACUUCUCAGCUGCAUCUCUGGGAUACUUCAAGAAUGACAUGGAUGGUACCCAUGAGGUUCGGGAAGACAGCCUUGGGGAUGAGGCAUUUGACACAGUCAACUCGUCCAUUGUGUCUGGCGAAAGCAUUCGUUUUUUUGUCAAUGUCAACCUUGAAGUGCAGCCUUCCAAAUCUGACAUUGAAGCUGCAACUGGUGGCUGUGUGCUCCUGCACACCUCCCGCAAGUACUUGAAGUUAAAGAACUUUGAGGAAGAGGUCCGUGCACACCGGGAUCUGGAUGGCUUCCUGGCACAGGCCAGCAUCAUUCUGAAUGAGACAGCCACCUCUCUGGAUGAUGUGCUGCGAACUAUGUUAAACCGCUUUGCCCAGGACCCCAACCAUACAGAGCCUGACUGUGACUUGGACCUGUUCAUGGCCAAGGUCUUUACAGAUGCUGGGGCCCCCAUGGAGAGUAAAGUCCACCUGCUGUCAGAUACCAUCCAAGGGGUCACUGCCACUGUCAGAGGGGUGCAGUACCAACAGUCAUGGCUCUGCAUCACCUGUACCAUGAAGGCCCUACAGAAGCGGCACGUGUGCAUCAGCCGCCUAGUUCGCCCUCAGAACUGGGGGGAAAACUCCUGUGAAGUUCGCUUUGUCAUCCUGGUGCUGGCCCCACCCAAGAUGAAAAGCACCAAAACAGCAAUGGAGGUGGCACGCACGUUCGCCACCAUGUUCUCAGAUAUCACUUUCCGCCAGAAGCUCCUAAAGACCCGCACAGAGGAAGAAUUCAAGGAGGCUUUGGUGCAUCAGAGACAGCUGCUCACCAUGAUGAUGCCAAGAGCCAAGGGACACAGCAUGAGCUCUCUCCACACUCACAGACACCCUCAGCCCCCGAAGUACAAGGACUUUGUCCCUUUUGGGAAAGGCAUCUGGGGGGACAUCAUGCGCAGGUUUCCUGUGUACCCACUAGACUUCACUGAUGGCAUUAUCGGGAAAGGCAAGACUGUGGGCAAAUACAUCACCACCACUCUCUUCCUCUACUUCGCCUGCCUGCUGCCAACCAUCGCUUUUGGGUCCCUCAAUGAUGAGAACACAAAUGGGGUCAUUGAUGUGCAGAAGACCAUAGCUGGGCAGAGCAUUGGAGGCCUCUUGUAUGCACUCUUUUCGGGGCAGCCACUGGUGAUCCUGCUGACAACCGCACCCCUGGCCAUCUACAUCCAGGGUGCAGUGGGGGUUGAAGUGGGAUACAGUGCCCAAGGUCCUGGAGCCCAGCCCUGCCCAGCCCUGACUGCCCAUCCUGCCCUGCUGCUUGCAGUGAUCCAGGUCAUCUGUGAUGACUACAACCUAGACUUCAAAUCCUUCUAUGCAUGGACGGGCCUGUGGAACAGUUUCUUCCUCACACUUUAUGCAUUCCUCAACCUCAGCCUGCUUAUGAAUCUCUUCAAGAGGUCGACAGAAGAGAUCAUUGCCCUCUUCAUUUCCAUCACAUUUGUGCUGGAUGCUGUCAAGGGCAUAGUCAAAAUCUUCUGGAAGUUCUACUAUGGUCACCACUACUACACAAAAAGGACUUCAUCCUUGACAAGCCUGUUGGGCAUUGGCACCAGCUCCAACACCAGCUUCCACACUGCCCUCAACACCAGCCUCCUGGCCAGCCCCAUAGAACUGGCCACAGCCAGCAGCCCCAACAGCAUACACUCGGGCCAGGCAACUGCAGUACUCAGCCUCCUUAUCAUGCUGGGCACACUCUGGCUGGGCUACACCCUCUACCAGUUCAAGAAAAGCCCCUACUUGCACCCAUGUGUCCGAGAGACCCUCUCUGACUGUGCCCUGCCCAUCGCUGUGCUGUCUUUCUCCCUCAUCAGUUCGUAUGGCUUCCAGGAAAUUGAAAUGAGCAAGUUCCGCUACAACCCCAGCGAGAACCUCUUCGAAGUGGCACAGGUGCACUUGCUGUCCCUCAAGGCUAUUGGCAGUGCCAUGGGCCUUGGCUUCCUCCUCUCCUUGCUCUUCUUCAUUGAGCAGAACCUGGUGGCUGCCCUCGUCAAUGCACCAGAAAACAGGCUGGUGAAGGGCACUGCCUACCACUGGGACCUCCUGCUACUUGCCGUCAUCAAUACAGGGCUGUCUCUAUUCGGGUUACCCUGGAUCCAUGCUGCCUACCCCCACUCCCCCCUGCAUGUGCGAGCACUGGCCUUAGUGGAGGAACGUGUAGAGAAUGGGCACAUUUAUGAGACGAUCGUGAAUGUGAAGGAGACGCGGCUGACCUCACUGGGUGCCAGCAUCCUGGUGGGCCUCUCCCUGCUGCUGCUGCCCUUCCCCCUGCAGUGGAUCCCCAAGCCUGUGCUCUAUGGGCUCUUCCUCUACAUCGCACUCACCUCCUUGGAUGGAAACCAGCUCUUCUCACGUGUAGCCCUGCUGCUUAAGGAGCAGACAUCAUACCCACCCACGCACUACAUCCGGAGAGUGCCCCAGAGGAAGAUCCACUAUUUCACAGGCCUGCAGGUUCUGCAGCUGCUGCUGCUCUGUGCCUUUGGCAUGAGCUCCUUGCCAUACAUGAAGAUGGUCUUCCCCCUCAUCAUGAUUGCGAUGAUCCCUAUCCGCUACAACCUGCUACCCCGAAUCAUUGAAGCCAAGUACUUGGACGUGAUGGAUGCCGAGCACAGGCCCUGACCUGUGGCACCCUCCCCAUUUUUUCAGGCCUGCACUGUGGCAGUGUAGGGGGAGGUCUGAGUGUCCUGGUUGUGGUUCUGUGCUGUCCUCAUUGCUGACCCAUGGGCUGAAAGCCCCUGAGUAUUAGAUGGUGUGUGCUCGCUUCUCUCGCCAUUAACCUUUAGCUUUGGGUCAGGAAUAUUGCCCAGGGGGGAAUAAGGGUGGCUUUUCGGGGUUUGGGAUUUAGCUCAGUGGUAGAGUGCUUCCCUAGCAAGCACAACUGGGUUCGGUCUUUAGCUCAGAAAAAAAAAAGGGGUGGAUUUUCUUUUGAUAAAAGAGUUGAUGCCCAGGAAACCAUUUCCUUGAUUGUGUAAGGAAUUCAGUGUGUGUGCAUGAGAGAAUAAAGGCCCUGCUCCUGUGCUUCAGUGUA